AUGUCUUCUGUCAAUCAAAGAAAAAGAUUAGGAUAUCAAAAAAUGUUCAAAACCAUUUAUGAUAAAAUCUAUGGAGUACAAAAAUCUACUAGGGAGUAUUAUGUUCUGGCUCACAGAGUGUACGAGUGGUUGUUGGUUCACGAUCCAAACUAUACAAAAGACUAUAACUAUGAGACUGUAUUGGAAGCUAUACAAACAAUAUUUGAAUUCAUUCUUGGUCUCUUGGAUAUGUUCGAAGCGCCACCUUCUCUGUUGCGUACAGUGAUCUACUAUUCAGAAAAAUAUGUAUCCAAAGUUGGAAUAAUUCAUAACGAAAUAUUCAAUUUGAUACUAAUGAGCACCAUUGUAUCUCUCAAAUUCUGGCCAGAGAAUAUCUAUGUAGAAAAUAUCAUUUUCGCAGAUAUUUUCGAAAUCCCUAAUAAAGAUAUCAAUAUAAUGGAGCGUAAUUUCCUGACUGGAGUUAACUACCACCUGAAUAUCAAGGAGGAAGACGUCAAUUCUUUUUUGUCUUCAAUCGACUAUGAAUCAAAAUCAUUGACGAAGAAAUUAACCAAAAUAACAACAUCAUCGUACCCAAAUCCAACACGACAUUUAAAUGCUCUUUUCCACUUUCUUUUUCAAUGUUACUUUUUAAAGACUGUCACUUUUGUGUAUUAG